UGCUUCGAGUCUUCGAUCUCCCUUCGUUAUAUGAAAAGGAAAUUCCUGUUCGAGUUGAUUAUUGAAUCGCCGAAGAACUGGAAAUUCAUAGCUGAAAAGAAUCGGCUUUGAAACGCUUGUUGAUGGAUUGAAGUUUCACACAAAUUUUCUUGAGUUGCCUUUUGGGAGAUUCAGGAGAAAGAAUAUCUUGAAAGGCAUCAGGUAAUAAAGUGAGCAAAUAUCAUGAGCCAGCAGCCAUCGGUGGUUCUCGCCACAGCGAGCUAUGAUCAUUCGAUUCGAUUUUGGGAAGCAAAAAGUGGGCGCUGCUAUAGGACUAUUCAAUAUCCUGAAUCUCAAGUUAAUCGCCUUGAGAUCACACCCGACAAGCGCUACUUAGCUGCGGCUGGAAAUCCACAUAUUAGACUAUUUGAUGUUAAUUCAAACAGCCCUCAACCGGUGAUGAGCUAUGACUCUCAUACUAAUAAUGUUAUGGCGGUUGGAUUUCAAUGCGAUGGGAAUUGGAUGUAUUCUGGUUCAGAAGAUGGCACCGUAAAGCUUUGGGACUUACGAGCUCCAGGUUGUCAGAGGGAAUAUGAAAGCCGGGCAGCUGUCAAUACUGUUGUUUUACACCCAAAUCAGACUGAACUGAUAUCUGGUGACCAAAAUGGCAACAUCCGAGUCUGGGAUUUGACUGCAAAUUCAUGCAGCUGUGAACUGGUCCCGGAGGUGGAUACAGCAGUACGAUCACUGACUGUAAUGUGGGAUGGAAGCUUGGUUGUUGCAGCAAACAAUCACGGGACAUGCUAUGUGUGGCGUUUGUUACGCGGUACUCAGACUAUGACCAACUUUGAGCCGCUGCAUAAGCUACAGGCACAUGAUGGAUACAUCCUUAAAUGUCUCCUUUCCCCGGAGCUAUGUGAACCCAACCGGUAUCUGGCUACCGCGUCGUCUGACAAUACCGUGAAAAUAUGGAAUGUAGAUGGUUUCACCUUAGAAAAAACACUAGUUGGACAUCAGCGAUGGGUUUGGGACUGUGUUUUCUCGGUGGACGGGGCUUUUCUGAUCACGGCCUCAUCUGACUCUACGGCGAGGUUGUGGUCGAUGGCAAAUGGUGAGGAGAUUAAACUCUACAGAGGGCAUUCGAAAGCUACCGUUUGCUGUGCUCUUCAUGAUGGGACUGAACCUUCGAGUUGAAGAACCUUAUGAAACAAGAGGCAUUUGUUUAUUUAUAGGGAGUAUAUUUUAUCUUAUCUGUACUGUACAGGCCGAUCUGAUUCUUGUUUUAUAACUUCUGAGAUAGACAGACCAGACCACCUUCUUCACUUUUCCUUUGUGAAUUGAAAUUGACUUGAACUUUCUUACU